AUGGCGGACCCAACUUCCGUGGAUAUGGAGGCUGCUCCGCACAACAAGAUGGCAAAGGGAUCCAUGUGGCAGAGUCUCAUGAAGAAUCCAAAGGUGCUUUUCAUUGCGUUCUUUGCAUCUCUUGGGGGCUUUGAAUAUGGCUAUCAGCAGGGUGUGCUUGGCCAGUCUUUGGUCAUGACUCGCUUCACACAGAACUUCCCCACGGUCGUGGCAUCUUCGACAGCCACUGGCUGGCUGACCUCAAUUCUCCAGGUUGGUGGAAUCGUCGGGUCUCUCUCGGCGGGUGUGCUGGGCGAGAUCUUUUCGCGCAAAUACACCAUGUUCUUCGCCUGCUGUUGGGUGAUUCUGGGGAGCUAUCUCUACAUCGGUGCUACUGCCGGUAACCCUGCCUGCCUCUAUGCGGGCCGCUUCUUUACUGGUCUUGGUGUCGGUCUGUUCAGUGGUGUUGGACCAUUGUACAACGCCGAGCUGGCCGCCCCCGAGAUGCGAGGCCUGCUCGUCUCCUUCUACCAGUUCGCCACCAUCCUCGGCAUCAUGAUCUCCUUCUGGGUCGGCUAUGGUAGCAAUUACAUAGGUGGAACCGGGGACUCUCAAUCCGAUCUGGCAUGGCGUCUACCGUCCAUCAUCCAAGGCAUUCCGGCUGCUUGCCUGGCGUGCGGUAUCUGGUUCAUGCCAUUCUCGCCCCGCUGGUUGGUCAAGAAGGGCCGCGAUGAAGAAGCACAGGCUACUUUGGCUUGGCUGCGCAAACUUCCUGUCGAGCACGAGCUCGUCCAGGUCGAAUACCUCGAGAUCAAGGCCGAGGCGGUCUUUGAGGAACGCGCAUUCGCCCGGAUGGUGCCCAAGCUGGCUGAGCGCGAGCGACAGAGUGUUUUCAUGAACCAGGUUGCCCAGUAUGCCAAUUGUGUGCGGUCAAUGGACAACUUGAAGCGGGUGGCUACUGCCUGGUUGAUUAUGUUUUUCCAGCAGUGGAGUGGUAUUGAUGCUAUCAUUUACUACGCAUCCAACGUUUUUCAGAGUCUUGGUUUGACUAGUGGCACCAUUGCGCUGUUGGCAACUGGUGUUACCGGUGUUGUUUUCAUUAUCAGCACCAUCCCCGGCAUGCUCGUCAUCGACAAGAUCGGCCGCAAGCCCAUGCUCAUCGGUGGCUCAGUCGUCAUGUUUUGCAGCAUGGUGAUCGUAGGCGUUAUCGUGGCCAAAUUCCAGCACGACUGGCCGUCGCACGUUGCCGCCGGCUGGACCGCAGUUGCUCUUAUUUGGUUGUACAUCGCAGGCUUCGGUGCCACCUGGGGCCCAUGCUCUUGGACUCUCGUCUCGGAGAUCUUCCCCCUGUCUAUCCGUGCCAAGGGCGCCUCGAUCGGUGCGUCGAGCAACUGGAUCAAUAACUUUGCCAUUGCGUUCUUUGUGCCUCCAAUGCUUCAAGCCUGGGAGUGGGGAACCUACAUCUUCUUUGCCGUCUUCCUGGCAGUCGGCAUUGUCUGGGUCUGGUUUUUCCUGCCCGAGACCAAGAAUGCGACUCUUGAGGAGAUGGACCGCGUGUUCGGAAGCCAUUCUGGUCAGCGAGAUGCGGAGCUCCUCCAGGAGGCGCAGCGCGCUGUCGGCCUGACGUCUUUCCUGGAGAGCAUGGGGACUGCUACCGGGCGCAAUCUGGAGAAAAAAGAGAAGGAAGAAUUUAUCGAGGAGCUAUGA